AAACCACUACGUGAAUACAAAGUUCACCACUAGUACAUUACCUCAAAAAGAUAUACAAAAUGAAAAAGUUCACUAAUUAUCUGCAGUUCAUCAUGUUGCCUUUCUUGAUUAUGCUACUAUGUUUGCUUGAUACUACAGCUUCUCUUCCAGUAACAAUAAACUACAAUGAUUCCGAUUGCUACAACUCCUCCACUUACGCUCUUCAUAGCUCAUACGAAACCAAUCUCAAACAUCUUCUCUCCACUUUACUAUCCCAAAUUUCGAUCCCCAAACAUAUUUUCUCUACACACAUACAAGGGUCACAAACUCAAGAUCCUGCUUACGGCCUUGCCUUGUGCCGAGGUGACCUGAAUUCUCAGGACUGCCACAAUUGUGUUCAGACGGCGAGCAAGCAAUUGAAAAAUUCUUGUCCAAGGGCAACACAAGCUAUAUUGUGGAAGGAACAUUGUAUGAUUCGUUACUCAAACAACUCCUUUUUCGGCGCUUUACAAGAAAUUCCAAACAGGGUGCGAUACAACGAGAACCGUGUGAUCGACAUAGACCGUUGGCCUAAAUUUCUCCAGGAUGCAUUAAAAGAGGUUAUAUCUAUGGCAGCCUCUAACUACACCGGCAACAUGUUGGCCGCUAAGGAGGCGAUGUUUUUGCCCAUGAACAAGACUUUGUAUAUUUUGGCUCAAUGUACACCUGAUUUGAGCAUGGAGAAUUGCUCCAAGUGUCUUACUAUAGCUCAAUCUAAGUUUGUUAACAUGUUGCAAAAUGGAGAAGUUGUGCUGAUGCCUAGUUGUAACCUUAGGUACGAGAUUUAUAAGUUCGAUUACGUAUUGCAAACGGUGGCUCCUACUCCUACAGGAAAGAAGUCUGUAACCAAAUUGGUCAUUGCAAUCACUGUGCCAUUAGCUAUCUUGGGGAUGCUAAUUGUCUUAGGCACUUAUCUCUUUAAAAAGAAAGCAAAGAAAUCCCCUUCUCUGGACGUGAAAAAUGUGCUUGAUGAUUUAGCAACUGAGGAAUCCUUGAUGUUCGAACUGGGUGUACUUGAAGCGGCCACUAAUAACUUUUCAGAUGAUCAAAAGCUUGGGCAAGGCGGAUUUGGAGCUGUUUAUAAGGGAACUCUGCCAAACGGACAAGAAAUAGCAGUUAAAAGAUUAUCAAAGAUCUCUAGCCAAGGAGUGGAAGAAUUUAAGAAUGAGGUUGUAUUGAUAGCCAAUCUCCAACAUAGAAAUCUCGUCAGGUUGUUGGGCUUUUGCUUAGCAGGGAAGGAGAAAUUAUUAGUAUACGAAUUUAUUCCCAACAAAAGCCUCAACUACUUUUUAUUCGAUGCAGGAAAACAAGGAGAACUAAAUUGGCCUAAGCGCUACGACAUUAUAAGAGGCGUUGCUAGGGGAUUGCUUUAUCUUCAUGAAGACUCUCGCCCAAGAAUCAUCCACCGUGACCUUAAAUCAGGAAAUAUUUUGCUUGAUGCAUAUAUGAAUCCAAAAAUCUCAGAUUUUGGUUUGGCGAGGAUUUUUAAGGUUGAACAAACGGAGGACGACACUAGCAAAGUUGUCGGAACUUAUGGUUACAUGGCUCCAGAAUACGCCAUGUAUGGACAAUUUUCGGUAAAAUCAGAUGUAUACAGUUUUGGCGUGUUAGUUUUGGAGAUUGUAAGCGGCAAGAAGAUUAGUGCAAGAUUCCACCCAACUGAAAACGGAGACUUAUUGAGUCAUGCCUGGAAAAGUUUGACGGAAGAAAAACCCUUGGAAUUCAUGGACUCGACGUUGAAAGAUUCAUACUCGGUUGCUGAAGUCUUGAAAUGCAUUCAGAUAGGAUUAUGGUGUGCACAAGAGAACACAGAUAAUAGACCAACCAUGUCAACAGUUGUGCAUAUGCUCAACACAGACUCUUCUACCAAAACAAUACCAACGCCUCAAUGUCCUCGAUCCUUCUAUACUGAUAGUACAGAAUCAUCUCUUGUGUCAGGGUUGGGUCCGAAAUCAACGACAACAACGAGCACAAAUGAUUCAAUAAUGUCAGUGUAAUAGAUGUACCAUUAACAAUACUCCCUCUCUUUUUUCGUUUGUUGUUGCUGUAUCUAUUAUUGAGAAAUUUCAAUAUGUUGUUCUUAAUUUGAAUCUUUCUAUACAUAGUGUAAUUUAUAAAUUAAAUUUCUCAUUAGUUUUAAGUUGCA